AUGUCAGGAAACUGGUCCCUUCCUUCUUCAGCUCCACCCACUGACUGGGUGGCCCCCACCUUUACUCGCGCCGCCCAGUUCCGUGUGGGAGCCACAUUCGUCCUCUUCCUAUUUGCUGCCUGCAGCAAUCUCGCCCUGUUGGUCAGUGUUUGCCAGGGGCGGGGCCGGCGUCUGGCGUCCCACCUGAGGCCUCUGAUGGUGAGCCUGGCAUCGGCGGACCUGAUGAUGACCUUUGUUGUGAUGCCGUUGGACGCCGUGUGGAAUGUGACGGUGCAGUGGCAUGGCGGAGACGCUCUGUGUAAGCUGCUGUGUUUCCUCAAGCUUUUCUCCAUGCAGGCCUCCGCCUUCAUCCUGGUGGUGAUCAGUCUGGACAGACAGCACGCCAUCCUCCACCCACUGGAUGCCCUCAGUGCUCACCACCGAAACCGCAGGAUGCUGGCAGUUGCCUGGAGCCUUAGCCUGCUGCUGGCAGCUCCACAGCUGUUUAUUUUCCGGACCAUUAAGGCGGACGGGGUGGACUUCACACAGUGUGCCACACAUGGCAGUUUCAGAGAGCGCUGGCAGGAGACCGUCUACAACAUGUUCAACUUUGUUACGCUCUACGUCAUCCCCCUGCUGGUCAUGAGCUGCUGUUACACCCAAAUCCUCAUCAAGAUCAACCGCCAGCACCUCAAAAACAAAGCAGGUGAAUCAUGUCUGAGACGUAGCGGCACUGACAUGAUCCCCAAGGCUCGAAUGAAGACUCUGAAGAUGACCAUCAUCAUCGUGGUAUCCUUCGUGGUCUGCUGGACGCCAUACUACCUGCUUGGGAUCUGGUACUGGUUCCAGCCAGAGAUGCUACGUGUGACACCUGAAUACGUGCACCACGCUUUGUUUGUCUUUGGAAACCUCAACACGUGUUGUGACCCGGUCAUCUACGGAUUCUACACACCAUCUUUCCGGGCUGACCUGGCCCGGUGCUGGUGUUGUGGUACCAGAGAGUCUGGAGCAUCACCCAGAUCUCUGGAUCACCUGUCCGCCCAACAGUGCCCACACAGUGGAGAGCAGGAGUCAGAUGCAGCCAGCAUCAACCAGGCUGGAAGUUAG